AAGCAAUAUUCACAUCAGUGGAAAAAGUUUUCUGCAAUUGAACAAAUGUCGCUUAUGCGGUGCAAAUCAAUUUUCGGAUUAAUUACGCUCUUUUGUUUAACUAGAAAUAUCACUGCCAAUACUUAUAAAAACAUGAGUAGUCUUGCUGGAAUUCAUUCUGUAACAUAUGUCACAGUUCCAACACAAGAUAUUGCUAAAAAAUUGGCUCAUGGUUUGGUCAAAAAUAAAUUAGCCGCAUGCGUCAAUAUUAUACCAGGACUUACAUCAGUAUAUGAAUGGAAAAAUGAAAUAAACGAAGAUAGCGAACUUUUACUGAUGAUAAAAACUAGAACUGAUACAAUAGAUGCUUUAACAAAAUAUGUAAAAGAGAAUCAUCCAUAUGAAGUUUGUGAAGUAAUUUCAUUACCUAUUCAAAAUGGAAAUGAAAAAUAUCUUCAAUGGAUAAGUGAGAUUGUUCCCCCUAUUAAUCAAAGAAAAAAAUAAAAUUAGACUUUCUUUUCAAAAUGAAAAAUUCUAACAUAUAUUAUGAUAAAAAUAUUUAUUUAUUUUGCUAUAAAAUAACAUGAUUGUUUUAUAAACUUUUCAUUACUAUGAAAAGUUAUAUUACGCCUUUAAGAAAAAACAAUAAAAUUCAUUCAAAUUAGAAUUAUUACAAUUGAUUUGAACACAUUAAUAAGCGUGUAUACAUAUAUAAACAAAUAAUCAAACGUUUAUAAUGUAGUCAGUUGUAUAAAUCUUAUAUUACAUAUGUGUAGAACUUGAAAUUGUAUAAGUCCAAAAAUUAAUAUAAAAAUAAGUACUAUAAUAAUUAAUUGGGUAUAUAUAUAUAUAUUUUUUAUUUUUUAUAUGUAUGUUUCUUCCUUGAAGAGAAUUCAUUUUUAUUAUUAUGUAAUUAGUACUAUCAGUCAAUUUAUUAAAAUAAAUAUAUAAUAAUAAAAAUGUUAUUAAUAGUGGACUAUGGCAACAAAUUUUUUAUAUCAUUAAUAGUUACCACAAUGUUUUGAAGUUACCAGAAUUUCAAAAUAUCCACCCUGUAAGUAUAUUGUAGUAAAUUUGUCAUUAUCUAAUGUAAUUCAUCACUAAAACAUAAAUUGUGUCUAGAAAUAUUAUUUAAUAGAGUCUAAGCAUGUAUGUGAAUUCAUAUUUGAAAUAUAAUUAUUUUUUACAA